ACAGAUUCUAAACGGUGCCCACUAGAAAGCAGCUGAGUCAGCACGUAGGACUCGUCUUCCAGCGGAGAAGUCUGGCUAGUGUCGUCACUCUUGCGUGGAUUGUCCGCUGUUCUUUUCCCAGUGGCUAUGGUGAUGUCAGGGGGAGUACUGUUGCCAUGCAUUAGAUGCUCGCUCUCCCAGAUUCUCCUCCCGCUCCUCCCUCUCCUUCUCUUCCUCUCAUAUGCUGUCACACAUCCACCAAGACCACGCACCGCCAGCAGAGACAUCUUCCCCUUUGACUACCUCAGUCCCUAUCCCCCUGGUACACACGGUUCUAGACGAACCAUCCGUGAUAUCUCUAACUGCCUUCAUACAACAUGGAACAAUAGAACAUUUGAGACAUUCCAUGUCUCAACACAGCCACCAGUCUCUGAGGAGGUCACCUACCAUCUCCACAAGUUUGCUGAUGUAACAGAUAGGCCACUGGGACCAAAGUAUCUCGUAGGGACUAUUGCUUAUGUGGAGGAGCCAUACCACACUUUCUCUGUACUGGAGCCAGGUGGGGAGGGAAGCUGCUCUAAGCUGUAUGGAGCAGCACGUAAGACAGUUGGCGACACUACUGCGACCAGGAAGGGAGGUUGCAAGCUAGCUGCCAAUGGAGGAUUCUUUGUCGUGGUUUCCGGACAGUGUCUGGGCAACAUUGUGUCUGAUGGUAGAGUAGUGAGGACUACAAACAAUGAGCAGAAUGCUAACUUCGGCAUCCGAGAGGACGGGUCAAUUGUGGUGGGCUAUAUCCCUGACGAGGAGAUUCUCAACACCACCAACCCCUUCAGGCAGUUGGUGACAGGUGUCGUGUGGCUGGUAAGGAACGGGACUAACUAUGUUGACGAGAGCAAGAAGAUGGAGUGUGCUGACCACGAGGACACUGGUCACAUGGACACCUUUGUGGAGGUGAUGUCUGCCCGCAGUGCUCUGGGCCAUGAUGCUCAGGGAAGACUGGUCAUGGCUCAGAUUGAGGGCCAGACACACCGCAGGGGAGCAAACCUGGUAGAGUUUGCAGACCUCCUGAUUCGUCAUGGAGUGGUAAAUGCUGUCAAUCUGGAUGGGGGAGGUUCCAGUACUCUAAUGGAGGAUGGUGUUCUAAUCAACUACCCCUCAGAUCACUGUGUUGGCAACGGGCAGUACAGGUGUCCACGUGCUGUCUCCACUGCUCUGUGUGUGCAUGACGUCCAGUGUCUGGACCCAGAGUGCAGAGGUCACGGGAAAUGUGAGGGGACGGAGUGUAUGUGUCACUCCCCGUGGACUGGUGGAGUGUGUGAAACUCUCAACUGUUCCAACACUGACUGCACUGGACACGGCAACUGCUCUGAUGGGGUGUGUGAGUGUGAUGAAGGCUGGACUGGAGAACUUUGUGAAAAAGCAUGUCCUAGCAACCGGUAUGGGCAGGAUUGCAGGCAGUACUGCUGGUGCUUUGGUAACUCUCACUGUCACCCGACUACUGGCCACUGUGUGUGUCCCCCUGGCUUCUCUGGAUACACCUGCAUGGACGCCUUUGCUCCCUUCGUCCAGCUCCUGCUGGAUUGGUGUCAGUGUGUAUUGUUGAUCUCUGUUCAAUAAUGUUCCGCAGAGUGUGGUGAAGGUUACUAUGGAGCUGGAUGCAAAGACAAGUGUGUGUAUCCUGACUGUUCUGGUCAUGGCCACUGUUCUAAAACUAAUGGAACUUGUCUCUGUGAUGAGGGAUGGACAGGAAAUAGCUGCAAUACAUCCGAGGAAAGCAGUGGCUCAAUGGAACUUUUUAACUUUUCUUCUUCUGCGUCCUCACCGUCUUCCUUCUCCCCCUCCCCAACCUCCACAGGUGUUUACUUGGAAUCUCGCCACAACCAUCAACAUCAGACUACAGUAAGGCAUUAUUGCAUUUCAAGUGUUUAGCUGCUGUAUUGUCACAGAGUGUUGCAGCCGGUAGUGAGUGUGACUGCAGCAAGUCAUGUAGGGAGGAAGGGGUCAAAUGCAGUGCAGUGAAUAUAAAUAGCACAUCGCAGUCACCUGUGGUAGUGGCAGAGGAUGCCACCAUUCUACAGUGGACGGUGGCCAUAUCCCUGCUCAUUUCUCUUCUCACUCUUCUAAUCCACGUUCUCUUCUGCUACAUCACUCGUCGCUGGGCCUACAUGGCAGCAUGCAGAACUCGGGGAACCUUACUUCCACAUCAUACUGAGAGAGCCAACUUGCCAGGAAAGAAAAAGCUAAAGCGACGGAAGCCGCGACCAAAAUAUCAUGUACCACUUAUGUUGCACUAUAGCUCCAGCACCGACUGUAGCUUAUAGCAGUUCAUCAUUCCAUUCAUCUUUAGGUUUUCUUUUUAUUUAUGUUCAUUGUGCAUUGUGUUGUAAAAUAUGGUGAUUUUAGACAAAUUUCAAGUGUCA